CUUAACAUAAUGCGUCCUUCUUUCUCCACCAUUUUCAAACCCCUCAUACCCAUCACAACCCAAACCAACAAAAUCCCAAACUCCACCGUUUUCUUAUACCAUGCAUGAAAUAAUACACAUAUAAACACAAACCUUAAACACACCAUUUCCACAAAACUACCAAAAUGGCCACUGUUAGAAAACUUAUAGUAGAAGUAAUAGAUGCACAAAACCUAGCUCCCAAGGACGGUCAUGGAACUUCAAGUCCAUACAUAGUAAUUGAUUUCCACGGUCAAAGAAGAAAAACUCGAACCUUGGUUCGCGACUUGAACCCGGUUUGGAAUGAAACAUUGUCAUUUAAUGUUGGAGAACGUAACGAAAUUUUCGGUGAUGUUUUGGAACUUGAUGUUUAUCAUGACAUGAAACACGGUCCAACCCGGAGAGAAAACUCUCUGGGUCGAGUUCGACUUAGCUCGACUCAGUUUGUGAAAAAAGGUGAAGAAGCUUUGAUUUAUUAUGAGUUGAAGAAGAAAAGUUUGUUCAAUAUGGUUCAAGGAAAAGUUGGCUUGAAAAUUUACUAUGUUGAUGAAGAAAUUCCUCCUCCUCCACCACCGGUACCUGUGCCGGAAAAUCCACCGGCACCAUCGUCUGAGCCACCAUCCGGAAAAGUAGAAGAAUCGCCUCCACCGCCAUCUGAGCUGGAAAAAGUUGAACCACCACCGUCUGAUCAACCGUCCGGAGCACCACCUCCGCCAUCCGAAGCUGGGCCCCAACCUAAGGCUGAAGGUGAACAAGAACCUAAGGUUGAACCGGAACCUGUUCCUGAACAGAUUCCGGUUCAAGAAGAAGUUGUAGAUCCGAUGGAUGCAAACCCACCAGAAGCAUUUGAAAUGGCAGCUGCAUCAAUUUCAAGGUCAAAUUCAGAAGUUAGAUUCAGCGGAAUCAACGGUCCACAUCCACAGCCAAUAAGAAGAUCGGCAUCAACGGCUAGUUUUACAUCAGAAGCUUCGAUGGACAGCAUGUUGAUCGAACGGUCCACGUUUGAUCUCGUUGAAAAGAUGCACUAUCUUUUCAUACGCGUGGUGAAAGCGCGUUACCUACCAACAAACGGUAACCCAAUAGUGAAGAUUUCGGUUUCGGGUCAUGAUGUUAAUUCCAAACCCGCACGCAAAACGACAACGUUUGAAUGGAACCAAACAUUCGCUUUUGCACGUGACACACAUGAUUCUUCUCCUAUUCUUGAAAUCACUGUGUGGGACCCACAAACAAUAGAAGAAAAUCGUAGUUUGCUUGGUGGUGUUUGUUUUGAUGUCAAUGAGAUUCCGGUGAGGGACCCACCAGAUAGUUCACUUGCACCACAAUGGUAUAGAAUGGAAGGUGGUGGGGCCCAACAUGGUGACUUAAUGAUCGCCACGUGGAUUGGUACUCAAGCGGACGAAUCAUUUGCCGACGCGUGGAAAAGUGAUACUACUAAUCAUGUCAAUUCAAAAGCUAAAGUGUAUCAAUCACCUAAGCUUUGGUAUCUUCGUGUAACUAUUCUUGAAGCUCAAGAUAUAACGCCGUUGACGCCAACGUUAAAAGAAUCGUGGUUUCAUUUUCAAAUUCGAGCUCAAAUUGGAUUUCAAGUGUUAAAAACGAAAACAACGGUUACUAAAAACGGUAUUGUUUCGUGGAACGAAGAUCUUCUCUUUGUUGCAGCUGAGCCAUUAACCGUAAGUGAUUUUAUCGUCUUUAGUUUGGAAAACCGGCAACAUAAAGCGCCGGUUACAAUGGGUGUUGUGAAAAUACCUUUAACAGCCGUUGAAAGAAGAGUUGAUGACCGGAAUGUGGGGUCACGUUGGUUCACAUUUGAUGAUCCAAACGAUGAAAAAAGAAGUGGUUAUAAAGGAAGAUUACAUUUACGAUUAUGCUUUGACGGAGGGUAUCACGUGAUGGAUGAAGCCGCUCACGUGACUAGUGAUUAUCGACCAACAGCAAGACAACUUUGGAAACCACCAGUUGGAACGAUCGAACUUGGUAUCAUUGGUUGCAAGAAUUUAAUACCGAUGAAAACGGUAAAUGGUAAAAGUUCCACUGAUGGUUAUUGUGUUGCGAAGUACGGUAACAAAUGGGUGCGAACGAGAACAGUUUCAGAUAAUUUGGAACCAAAGUGGAAUGAACAAUACACAUGGAAAGUAUUUGAUCCUUCGACUGUUUUAACUAUUGGAGUAUUCGAUAGUUUUUCAGUUUUCGAAUCAGAUAAUUCGAAAACUGAAAUGACUAACGAAUCAACAAGGCCUGAUUUUCGUAUUGGUAAAGUACGAAUACGUAUUUCUACACUUCAAACAGGCCGUGUGUAUAAAAAUACUUAUCCACUUUUGGUUCUAACACAUGGUGGUUUGAAAAAGAUGGGUGAGAUUGAGAUAGCGAUUAGAUUUGUUCGGACAGUUCAACGGUUAGAUUUCCUCCACGUGUACUCUCAACCGAUGUUGCCGUUGAUGCAUCAUAUAAAACCUUUGGGUGUGGUUCAUCAAGAGGUGUUAAGAAAUACGGCAGUGAAGAUGGUGGCAGGGCAUCUUUCGAGAUCAGAACCGCCGUUGAGGAAAGAGGUUGUGUUCUAUAUGCUCGAUGCUGAUUCACACAAUUUUAGUAUAAGAAAGGUUCGUGCAAAUUGGUGUAGGAUAAUUAAUGUGGUUGCAGGUUUGAUUGAGAUCGUGCGGUGGAUAGAGGAUACACGCGGAUGGAAGAAUCCAACAGCUACAAUUCUUGUUCAUGCUUUACUUGUUAUGUUGGUUUGGUUCCCCGAUUUGAUUAUUCCCACUUUGGCAUUUUAUGUGUUUGCUGUUGGCGCAUGGAACUAUAGGUUUCGUGCGCGUGAUCCUCUUCCGCAUUUUGAUCCAAAGAUUUCGCUUGCUGAUGUGGUGGAUAGGGAGGAGUUGGAUGAGGAAUUUGACAUAGUGCCGAGUACACGAUCCUAUGAAGCAGUGCGUGCAAGGUAUGAUAAGUUACGCACACUCGGGGCACGUGUGCAGACAGUAUUAGGGGACUUAGCGACGCAAGGGGAGCGCGUGCAGGCAUUGGUUACCUGGCGCGAUCCUUGCGCAACUGGAAUUUUUGUUUUCUUGUGUUUGGUUGUGGCGAUGAUAUUGUAUUUGGUGCCUUCGAAGAUGGUGGCUAUGGCUUGUGGAUUCUAUUAUCUCCGCCAUCCUAUCUUCCGCGACCGGUUGCCAUCACCAGGGUUGAAUUUCUUUAGAAGACUUCCGUCAUUGUCGGAUCGAAUUAUGUAGAUUUGGUUUUCAUUUUGGCAGAGUAAGAAACUAAUUUACUCUGAGAUAAUUUGAGAGUUAUGUAAAAUAUAUGUGUCAUAUUGCAGUAUAGAUGAAAUAUUGUAUUUGGUUAUAGCAGCUAUUCUAAAAAUGUAAUGAUAAUGUUUUUAAUAUAUGUUUUCAUGAUUUUGAAAAUUUA